AGACAGCGUGGUGGAAGAAUAAAUAGACAGAGAUCUCUUCCGGAGUCACUGACGGCUGGUGGCGGAAGUACUGUGGCCAUAUGAUCGCAUGAUGUCCGUUGUUGUCGGUAGUUAUGGUGUCUUUCUCGGAGGUGCUGUGUCUCGUGCUGGUGGCUCUACUGUGGGGAGGCACGAACCCUUUUCUGAAAAGAGGCACUGAAGGAAUUGAGGAAGUGAAAAAAGGCAACGCUGUACUUCAGUUCUUGGGAGAGCUGAAGUUUCUGUUCCUCAACAUCAAGUGCCUGGUGCCGUUCGUGUUGAAUCAGAGCGGAUCCCUGGUAUAUUAUCUCACACUGGCAACCACAGACCUGUCCCUGGCUGUACCUGUGGCCAAUUCCCUCACCUUCCUGUUCACGCUUCUGACCGGUAAACUCCUGGGAGAAGAUAUCGGAGGCAAAAGAGCCGUGGCAGGAAUGUGCCUGACGAUGCUGGGAGUCACGCUGUGUGUCGCCAGCUCCGUCGCCGAGGACGACGACACCGCGUAGAUUUCCCUCGGGCAGCGGCAACCGUGGAACGGAGGCCAUGUUAAUCGCCAUAGAAACCAAGUCACCUUCCUGCUCGUCGUCACCGAACUCAGCCGCAGCGGUUCCUCAAACCGUUCGGAGGGGCGUUCAUCCCCUGGUACUGCAGAGCUGCCCGGGACUGCUUGUCUUCCUCAUUAUUCCACACUUGAUUGGUGGGGUGUAGUACUUUAUUACACCGUUAAAUCUUUUUUCACCUGGUUUCACUGGUGGUCUGAGCUGGUUGUGCUGAUUGCAAGGUGAAAACAAAAAACUUGUAAUGGACCAUGCAGCACUUUGGGACCAGGACCGGGACCGGGGGGUUGCAGUUCCCUGCCCACACUCCAACCGCUUAACAAAAAAACGCAUCAAUUGCCACAGAGUUCCAAAUACAGGUUUUUGGCCGCGUUUAAACACCACAGGGCCCGGCUAAACGAUUGAAUGAUCUGCGUUCAUUAGCACAGAUCUUU